AAUGAUCACUGCAAAGUUCAGUGAAUGAGGUGUGAGCAUGCUUUUGAGGUCAGAUUGGCUUACGAGAAUAGGAUGGUAAGCACUUAGUUCUUCCCAGCUUGGUAAGGAUUGCAAAUACGAUUCGCGAAGUUCAUCUUUCGACGCAUUAGCACUGGCCGCCAUCUCCAGAUUUUGUUGUCUAUUCGAUCUCUCCGUAAGGCGCUUCCGUUCAUGGGCUAGGUAUGCCGCCAAAAAAGCCCCGCCCGCAAGAGGGUUCCCAGUCUGCUCGUGCCGGGCUUUCAACAGAUUUUCGGAUUCGACGAAAUCACUCCGCAGGGCAUCGAUUUCCCAGAUUUGAAACUCUCUUGGUACCUCGACAAGCGUGUCCCCCCGACGGAUGGGUCGAGUCCCAGCCACAGAAGCCUGGAAGGUUCGUCUCGUCGCCUCGAUCUUGCCGUUCCCACACCAUGCCUUGUUAGUCGAUGGAUCAACGCUGCUCGAAGUUCCAUUUUUGUCGCAAGCUAUUUCCAAAAAAUCUGCGAACGAUGGAUCGAUCGCCAAGUCGKGAUUUAGAACGCUUUUAGAAGUGGUUGGUGUAUUCCUUUUGUUCAAUACCAAACCCAAGACAAUUGCUACUGCAAGCACGGCAGCACCGUGGAUUGUAAUCUUAUUGAUGCCACUACCACUCUUCUUUUUGGUUCCUUUUCUCCUGUUCAACUUCAAGUUGGUUCUACGAACCGAAUCUUCUCUCACGUUCCUUUCUUUGUUGCCAGCCAUGGUACUGUUGCAGCAGUGCAAACGACUAUCUUUGACGGCAUCAAGCCCUAUGCCUUCUUCAUUUUUUGUACCGUUCGUUUUCAAGGCAAUUCCAACACCGCAUGACUUCAAAGCAAAAGAGGAAAUGUACGGUACUGUACGUACGUAGCGGUACUACGGUAUGUUUGAGGGAUCCUGAAAAAAGAUUCUCAUUUCUCAUUUCAAUUUCAAAAUGCGAACAGCGCAAGCAAGACAAGGAGGAGAGGAGAGGGAGGUAGAAGUUGUGUAACACCGUCGUUUAACGCUCAUACCGUACCGUACGUACUAUACGUACCCAUACUGUAGUUAUUAAAGUACUACUUUAGUAUUUUUCAGAAACCCUCCGGAAUCACAGCUUUCGUGAGUCGCGAGGCAGGUUCUUUGAUUCGUUCAAAAUUACCGAUACAUCAGUCCCUAAUCCUAAAUUAUUGGUGUACAAUAGCUCGAACCCUACAGUAAAUGACCGUACCGGCUUACUAUUUACUAAAUCAUCUCUGUAGGACAGACAACCUUAUCAAAAUUCUGGAAACCGGUUAGACGUCCUUCAUCACACCUCGAAGCUCCAACGCAAACGGCCUACCUAGAAAUAACCUUUUCUCUCCUUUGACCAUACCGAGAAAAUAAGACCAGCAAGAUGGUAGGUUUGUGAUGUGAUGAUGGCGACGCAAACAAGAAAUAAAGAAUGGAUUCAAGCAGGAUAUCGCAACUAGAUGUCACCAGUUAGUUCAUCAGCGCAGCCUUGGAUCCAAGUUGUUGGGCGAGAUGGGUAGCAUUCAUUCAUGAGCAUUCUGUACAGAUUAUCAUGAUGUUACCACCCAUGUGGACGUUCUGAUGGCAGAACUCCAUGCUGCCAAAAAUUCCCCACGUAGUGAAGCAUUUACGGGGUGAAUCACUAGCGCCAAGCUUGGUCGUUCGGAGCAUUGUGAUUUUUUUAACGUGAUGGUCGUUGUCUGACACGAAUUCACUCGUUUGUCUUUCUUACCACCACAGACUAAGGGUACCACUUCAUUCGGAAAGCGACACAACAAGUCGCACACCACUUGUCGUCGAUGCGGAAAGGUUUCUUUCCACAUCCAAAAGUCGACUUGCUCGUCGUGCGGAUACCCCUCCAAGAAGAUGAGACAGUACAACUGGGGACAGAAGGCUAAGGGUCGCCGCACAACAGGAACUGGCCGCAUGCGAUACAUGAAGACCAUGACCCGUAAAUUCAAGAAUGGAUUCAGAGAAGGAACGCAAGCCAAGAAGCAAACCGCUUAGAUUAAUUUGAUUAGAGAUGAUUAAGUUAUAAUGAAAACCCCCCCUCCCCCGAUUCUUUUUUAAUGAAUUUUUGAUUGAUGUCUCAGUUAAAUGAAAGUAAACCACCAAUGUACAC